GUCUUAUGGAGGGUAAGGGCUCAGUCCUACAAGUCCUCAGAUGCCAACCUAACCUCCAUCGGCUUUCGGACGUUCCCAGUACCCCUGCCCAGAGAUGCCUAUACCGGGACGUGACGCUGGAGAUCUGCAGGCUCCUCCUCUCCGUGGGGUAUCCCAUUCCCAGGCCAGACAUGAUUUUCAGGAUGGAAAAGGAAGAGGAGCCGUUGACUAGGGAGGCUCAGCUCCCACGUCAGAGGCGUCAAGAAGAGGCAUUUGGACUCAAAAGCUCCCGACACAAAAUUUUUGAAAAAGCUUCAUUUCACGACAAUAUGGAAUGCACGGUCCCAAGCGGCAGUUCACGGUGCUCCCUCUUAGACUUGUGGGGAGCUGCAAACCCCACAACCAGGGGGCCAUCGCACCACGGGGCGUUCUUUGGCAGGAAAACACCAGACAGAGAGAGACACUGCGAGUGUGAGGACCCUGGAAAAACCACUCCUGAGAAGCCCCACCUUAUUUCUUCCCAAAAAAGACCUCCUAAGCAUUGCUCAUUUGCAAAAUGUUUGAAGCCCAACCUAGAAGGGAAACCUCGAGAUCAAAGCAGCAGCAGUGAACAAGUGCAUGGGACCGUGGUCUCUGGCCAGCUCUUCACCCAGAGCCCUUCCAAUCCUGGCUGCUGGAGCGCCCAUCCAGGAGAGACCCUGUGCGAGGGGAAUCCAAGUUUGAAAGCCCUCAGCCAAGAACCACCACGUACACAAGAUCAAGUUCAUCCCUGGGAGAAACCCAAUUAAUGUGGUGAAUGUGGGAGGGGCUUCAGCCAGAAGUCACCCGUAGAGCAACCGAGGUUCUACAGUGUGGAACACCUCCCGGAGUGCAGGAAAUGUAUAAAAGGCCUUGCCCCGCAGCCAAGUCUCUGUGCGUCUCUGACGCGGCACGCAGGCAACAUUCCUUAUGUGUGUAAGGAGUGCGGGAAGCUCUUCACUCAAAGGUCAGAACUGAUGACACACCAGAAAGCUCACACUAGACAGAAGCCCCAUCAAUGCCAGGAGUGUGGAAAAGCCUUUUUCCAGACGUUAUCACUCUCCAGACACCAGAGGACCCACGCUCGAGGAAAGCUCUACGAGUGCGGCGAGUGCGGCAAAGGCUUCUCCCAGAACUCCACCCUCGCCACGCACCAGAAGAUCCAUAGCGGCGAGCAGCAGUACGCAUGCGGCGAAUGUGGGAAGGCCUUCACCCAGAAGUCCGCGCUCAGUCUGCACCAGAGAAUCCAUUCGGGGGAAAAGUCCUACGUGCGCAUCAUGUGCGGACAGGCCUUCGUGCAGAAGACCCACCUGACCAUGCAUCAGAGAGGCCACACGGGAGAGAAACCUUACCCGUGCCACAGCUGCGGCAAGUCCUUCAUUUCCAAGUCACAGCUGGACAUCCAUCACCGCAUCCACACUGGGGAGAAGCCUUACGAGUGCAGUGACUGUGGGAAAGCCUUCACCCAGAAGUCGCACCUCAACAUGCACCAGAAGAUUCACACCGGCGAAAGGCAGCACGUGUGCCCUAACUGCGGGAAAGCCUUCAACCAGAAGUCCAUCCUCAGCGUGCACCAGAGAACGCACACCGGGGAGAAACCUUACAAAUGCAGCGACUGUGGGAAAGCCUUCAGCUCCAAGUCCCUUAAGGAGCAUCAGCAAGUUCAUACCGGGGAGAGGCCCUAUGUGUGCGCCGAGUGUGGGAAGACUUUCAAAGGCAGGUCCAAUUUUCACAAACAUCAGAAGAUUCACACGAGAGGGAAGGUCUUUGCCUGCUACAGAUGUAAGACCACCUUUGUCCAGGAGUCAGAGCUGGUGGCGCAUCAGAGAACUCACGUUGGAAGGAAGCUUGAAAGCGGUGACUGUGGGAAGUCCUUCAGUAAGAAGCCACAGCUCCAAGUGCAUCGGUGGAUGCACAUGGGAGAGACGCCCUGUGUGUGUUCUCAGUGUGGGAAGGACAACAACAGAUCCAAUUUUAACAAGCACCAAACGACUCAUACUAGAGACAGGUCUUGUGAAAGGCAUUACCCAGAAAUCUGUUCCUAGUAUGUAUCAGCAGUAACAAAAGUGAAAUAAAGUCUAAAUUUCUCAGGAAAAAAUCUCCCAGGAGUCCAAUUCAAUUGUAUGGCAUAGAAGACGCGAAUAAGAAAAACCCCUGAAAUCCACUGCAUUGUUGCAAAGGUACACACUGUUUUAUGUGAAGGAACUGACUCAGAAAAGAACUUUCAAGAAUGAGUCCUUAACCUUGUUAAGGACUAUAAAAUUCAUUUGGGAAGAAACGCGGAAUGACACCCUGAGGAAAGUGUUUCUGUAGAAAGUAGUACAAGAUAGACUUUUGCCAGAUCAUUCAUAGGAAAAUUUGUGAGAAAGAUUAAUGAUCAUCCUGUUUAACAAGAAAUAUCAAUAUUCCGUGUACAGUAAAACCUUGGUUUGCAAGCAUGACUUGUUCUGGAAACAUGCUUGUAAUCCAAAGCACUUGUAUAUCAAG